AUGUCAGCUAUACCAAACCCACCGCUGGAAGAUGUUGUACGAGAACCUGAUGAUCAACCCGAACUCGAAGAUAUCGUCGAAGAUGAUGAGCAGAAGAAAGAUGACGACCAAGCGCAAGAAGCACCGGUGGCAAAGAACAGAAAACAGGAUAUGAAAUUCCAAGAGUGGCUUGAGAAGAACCAGAAAGAAGUCCUCAAGGCCUCGAAGGCGGAUAUGGACAGCCGGUUAGAGCGGCUGGACAAGAUAUCAAUCGAAAAGCUACUCAGAGGCAGUUCUGAGAGAAUUAUUGCGAGCCCCCGCGAAUACCAGAUUGACUUGUACGAGCGAGCAAAGAACGAGAAUACGAUUGUGGUCCUUGACACAGGCACUGGCAAAACACUAAUCGCUGCACUUCUUCUACGGAGAGUCCUUGAAGUCGAAGUAGAGAACCGCGCAAAGGGCUACACGCCCAAGACUGCCUUCUUCAUCGUGGAGAAGGUGGCGUUGUGUUUUCAGCAGCACGCUGUUCUGACCAGCAAUCUCGAGUUUCCAAUCGGCAAAAUCUUCGGCGACAUGAACGGUGAUAUUGGAUGUCCAGAGUUUUGGCGUCAACAGUUUUCAGAAAACAUGGCAUUUGUAUGUACUGCGCAGACAUUGCUCAGCAUGUUCGGCGCUGGUUUCAUCUCCAUGGACCGAGUUAACUUGCUUGUCUUCGACGAGGCGCAUCAUACAAAAAAGAACCACGCGUACGCCCGAAUCAUGGAGUAUUACCCUCGUUGGGAGAAUGAGCGUCCUCGUAUACUCGGGAUGACGGCAUCCCCAGUGGACACAUCAAAAGCAGAUGUUCGCAUAGCUGCUAUGGACUUGGAAGAAACGCUCUGUGGUAAAAUCGCCACAAUCUCGGACGAGUCCAUAGGGGGGUUUCGGGAUAAUCGAGAUGAAACAGAGCGUACCGAAUGCUAUGAGAAACUGGAGGAUCCCGAACACUCAAAGACAAAUCUGUGGGAGGCCAUCUCUCGCUGUAUUGGUCACAAUUCGCAAUUCAAAGCGCAUCUUAGCUUUACAAGGGACGCAUCCUCAGUCUUGGGUACGUGGUGCGCAGACCGAUACUGGCAGCUCCUAAUCACAAACGACGAGAUGGCUAAAAUUGAGGCAAAGACUGGGCGUGACACUCUGGACCUUGACGUUUUCGACAGCGAUGAGGCCAUAGCGGCUGUUAGUAGAACGAGAGACAUUAUUCAAGAUCACCAGUUCGGACCAAUAACCAAUAACUGGUCAGAUCUUUCGUCAAAGGUCAAAACACUCCAUGGAAUCCUUGACAAUGCCUUCAGUCAGCGGCUCUCGAAAAGGUGCAUUGUGUUUGUGGAACAAAGAACGACUGCAUUCCUGCUGGCAGAUUUGUUCAGCCAACCAGGAAUAAGUAUCCCAGGAAUGAGAACAGCCUACAUGAUUGGUUCCAACGUGACCUCGGGCGCGGCAUGUAUGUCCCUCAAGGACCAGGUCGUGUCUCUUCAAAAAUUCAAACGCGGCGAAUUCAACUGUCUUUUUGCCACUUCCGUAGCGGAGGAGGGAAUUGACGUACCAGAAUGCGACGUUAUCGUUCGCUUUGACCUCUGCGUAUCAGCCAUUCAAUAUAUUCAGUCAAAAGGCAGAGCUCGACAAAGCUCCUUCCUCUAUGUUACCAUGGUAGAAAGCAAGAACAUCCUCCAUCAUCAAAAAUUCCAGCAAGCGAAAUCAGCUGCAUUCGAGUUACAACGGUUUUGUCGUGCUCUACCCGACGAUCGCAAAGUGGAAGACUUUGAUGUCAGGCCUGAAGUAUUGAGAAGCUGUGAGUCUGUUAUUGCCACCGAGGCGGGUGGUGGCCUGAAGCUUGUCGACAGCUUGGCAUGUUUAGCCAAGUAUACAUCAUCUUUAUCCCGAGAUGGACUGCAAAAAGUGGAAUACGUUGUCCAGCCCGACAAGAAACAAUUCAUUGCGAGCGUUGUCUUGCCAGAUGGAUCACCGAUCAAGACUAUCCAAGGAGUAACACAACGAACCAAACAGCUAGCAAGAUGUUCGGCCGCCUUUGAAGCCUGCAGGAUCUUGAUUGAAAAAGGAUACAUCGAUAAGCACCUCCAGCCGGCUUUUGCCAAGAAAUUGCCUGCGAUGCGAAAUGCGAGAUUGGCGCUUUCAGCAGACAAGAAGUCAGAGUAUGAAAUGCUGGUCAAGCCCAGGUUUUGGUCACUUUGUCUCGGCCCUGAGCUUCCUACCGCCCUGUAUCAGACGACCAUAUCUCUCAGCCAGCCAGCAGCUCUUGGGUAUCCAUCCCGGCCUCUAAUUCUUCUAACGAGAAAUCCGCUGCCUGAUAUACCAAGCGCUCCCCUAUUUUUUAGCGGUGGUCAAACGUCCGCUGUCCGACUUUCACAUUCAGAGCCUUCCCUUGAAGUAACGGCAAAGGAGAUAAGGGCGCUAUCCGGCUUCACACUGAGGAUCUUUGCACAUGUUUUUAGUAAGGAAUAUGAGGCCGAACCACACGAGCUUCCAUAUUUUAUUGCUCCGUGUAGCGUUUCCAAGAACCAAAAUAAAGAAUACGAAUCAAAUAUCGACUGGGAGGCUGUGAAUUAUGUUGCAGCAACUGACUGUCUUGAGUGGUUAAACGCUCCAAAAGAGUUCUUCAAAGACAAGUUUGCCGCGGAUCCAUGGGACGGAUCACGCAAAUACAUCUUGCGUGGGAUCAACGAACAGCUGAAGCCAUCUGAUCCGACUCCGGCUGGUGUUCCCCAGCCAAAGAGCUUGGCGUAUAAAAAGGUUGAGCAAACCAUCAAAGAGUACAGCAACAGUCUUUCCUUGCAGUCGAGAAAGCGAAGAAAUUGGAGUGAUGAUCAGCCAGUCGUCAACGCUGAACUUCUUUCGAUAAGACGAAACUUUUUGGACGAGUUCUUUAUCGAUGACAAGGCGGACAGCACUUGUUACGUUAUUCUUGAGCCCCUCAGGGUAUCUCCUCUGCCGGUUGACAUUGCCAUCAUGGCCUUACUUUUGCCUGUGGUCAUGUACAGGAUCGACUCUGUGUUGAUCGCCUCGGAAAUAUGCUCAUUAGUUGAUCUGGCCGUUCGCCCUGAACUUGCUCUGGAAGCAGUCACCAAGGACAGUUUCAAUACCGAAGAGCACGGUGAAAACCAGGUCGAUUUUCAACCCGGCAUGGGUAAGAAUUACGAGCGCCUAGAAUUUCUUGGCGACACCUUCUUAAAGAUGGCUACCACUAUCUCUGUGUACACACUCUACCCCAACGAGAACGAAUUCGAGUACCAUGUGAAGCGGAUGUUAAUGCUGAACAACAAAAACUUGUUUACUCAUGCCAUAGAGAAGAAGUUGCCGGGCUAUAUCCGUACCAGAGCAUUUGACCGUCGAACAUGGUAUCCGAGCGAUCUCAAGCUGAAGAAGGGCAAACCAACCAAAGCAAAGGCUAGGCAUUGCUUAUCACACAAAUCGAUUGCAGACGUUUGUGAAGCGCUCAUUGGAGCAGCGUACUUGACAGGCAAGAGCAACAAUAGCAUGGAUAUGGCGGUAAAGGCAGUCACAGCCAUGGUCGACUCGGAAAACCACACCAUGGUCAACUUUAGCGACUACCGUGCAAGAUAUACGGCCCCGGAAUGGCACAGCUAUGAGCCAAAUGCGGCGCAGCGCAACAUGGUGGAACGCAUUGCUGAGAUCACGGGCUACCGCUUCCAGUGCGCGCCUCUUCUACGCAGUGCCUUUAAGCACUCAUCGUACGUAUACGAAGAAAAGAUCAGGCGCGACUACCAACAACUUGAGUUUCUGGGAGAUGCUUUGAUAGACAUGGUCGUGGUCGACUUUUUAUAUAGCCGAUUCCCCGAAGCGGAUCCAAAGUGGCUGACAGAACACAAGAUGGCCAUGGUGUCGAAUCAGUUUCUGGGCUUCCUCAACGUUAAGCUUGGCCUUAGCAAGCAUCUAAUGCUUGCUACAUCCCAACUCCACAGCAAUAUCAGGGAGUAUACAGCCGAGGCCAAGGAAGCUGAGGAAAAGGCCAAGGCUUGCGAGCCACAAGACAGUGAAGCUGCAGCCGAUGCCCCGAGUGUGACGCAAGAUUUCUGGGCUGAGAUUCAGCAGCCGCCGAAAGCUCUGGCCGACGUUGUUGAGUCUCUUGUGGGUGCCAUGUUUGUCGACUCGGGGUACUCCUUCUCCGUGGUGCAAGACUUCUUUGCCAAGUUCAUACAGCCCUACUUCGAAGACAUGGCGCUACUCUCGUCAUUCGCUUCCAAUCACCCAGUCACCGUCCUAAUACACACCUUGCAGGAAGACUACCGCUGUACUCAGUGGAAGCUUCACAUGGCCAGCGUACCGCCCUCCACAGACGACGCGGGGGUCGCAAUCUUGGCCGAGAGCGAGCUUCUCUGCGCGCUAAUGAUCCAUGGCAACGUGAUUGCCCAUGCCACGUCGACAAAGAGCGGCGUGACUGCCAAGUUGACGGUUGCAAAAUUAGCGCUGAAGAAGCUGGAAUCUAUCCAGGACGCGAACCAUUUUAGGACGGAGAUGGGGUGUGAUUGUGGCGGUGGUGGUUCUGCGGCCGCUAUGAACUAG